CUCCGGCACUGCUCAGCACCACACAUCUCUCCCCGACAGCUGAACCCACACCAUGCCCCUCCACCACCACAGACUGGUAGCAUCACUCUGAUUUUAGCUGCGUUGCACUCGCUGCAAGUGAAGUCCUCGAUUGCUUUUAGGAUUAUAUUUGAGAUAUUUCCACUGCAGGCCCCUCAGGUCAUCAGAUCUGAACCGGUCUGCCAAACUAGAAACCACAGUAACCAGAAUGUCGUCUUCAACGUCUGCCGAGGAGAUGGAGGAGAUCAGGGAGGGCUUCGAGAAAGUGGAUGUGGAUAAUAACGGGUACAUCACUGCCUCUGAACUGGGAAACCUGCUGUCCGAGGUGGGAUAUACGAUGCCGGGAUACCAGCUCAGACAACUCCUGGAGAAGCUGGACAAAAACAAAGACAGCAAAAUCGACCUUCCGGAGUUCUCAGCUAUUUUCCAUGAACUGAAGGAUGACCGCCUGGCUCAGGGCUUCAAGAAAGCUCUCAACAAGAAAGAAGGCAUCGUAGCCAUCGGGGGCACCAGCGAGAUCUCGAGCGAAGGAACUCAACAUUCAAUCUCUGAGCAGGAGCGCUUUGCCUUCGCAAACUACAUCAACUCCUCCCUGGAGAAGGAUCCAGACUGUGAGAACAUCGUGCCCAUCGACCCCAACACGGACGCUUUGUUCAAAGCAGUGAAGGACGGCAUCGUGCUUUGUAAACUCAUCAACCUCUCCGUACCAGACACCAUCGACGAGAGGACCAUCAAUAAAAAGAAGCUGACGCCGUUCACCAUGCAGGAGAAUCUGAACCUGGCUCUGAACUCAGCCUCGGCUAUCGGCUGCCAAGUCGUCAAUAUCGGCGCUCAAGAUCUGAAGGAGGGGAAACCUCACCUGGUGCUCGGCCUCCUCUGGCAGAUCAUCAAAAUAGGACUGUUUGCAGACAUAGAGCUGAGCCGCAAUGAAGCCAUCGCAGCGUUGUUGGAGGAAGGAGAGAGUCUGGAGGAGCUGAUGAAGCUCAGUCCUGAGGAGCUGCUGCUGCGCUGGGCAAACUUCCACCUGAAGAAAGUUGGCAUGUCCAUUUCAAACUUCUCUGGAGACAUUAAGGACUCCAAGGCGUACUUCCACCUGCUCGAGCAGAUCGCACCUGACGGCAGCAAAGAGGAUGCUCCACGGGUCGAGGUGGACAUGACCGGACUUUAUGAGCAAGAUCUCACAAAGAGAGCAGAGUGCAUGCUCAAACAGGCCGACCGCCUCGGCUGCCGCCAGUUUGUCACAGCGACCGACGUGGUGUGUGGAAACUCAAAGCUCAACAUGGCCUUUGUAGCCACACUCUUCAACAAACACCCGGCCCUCACCAAACCAGAGAACCAGGACUGGAACCUAGAAAGUGAGACCAGAGAGGAGAGGACUUUCAGGAACUGGAUGAACUCUCUGGGAGUGAGUCCGUUUGUGCAUCACAUCUACGGUGAUCUGAUGGAUGCCAUGGUUAUUCUCCAGCUCUAUGAGAGGAUUAAGGUUCCAGUGGACUGGGACAGCAGAGUCAACCACCCUCCGUUCAAGGCGGUCGUAGGACAUUUGAAAAAGAUAGAAAACUGUAACUAUGCUGUGGAGCUGGGGAAGGACAAGGCUGGUUUUUCGCUGGUGGGAAUCGCUGGACAGGACCUUUAUGACGGAAAUGCAACCCUGACUCUGGCCCUGGUGUGGCAGCUGAUGAGGAGGUACACGUUAAACGUUCUUGAGGACCUUGGAGAAGGAGAAGUUGCAGGAGAUGAGCUGAUCAUUACGUGGGUCAACAAGACUCUGAGUGAGGCUGGAAAGAGCUCCUCCAUCAGAAGCUUUAAGGAUAAAUCCAUCGGCACCAGUCUCCCCGUCCUCGACCUGAUCGACGCCAUUCAGCCGAAGAGUGUGAACUUUGACCUCGUCAAAAAAGACGAGCUGUCAGACGAAGACAAACUCGACAAUGCCAAGUACGCCAUCUCCAUGGCGAGGAAGAUCGGGACUAAGGUCUACGCUCUGCCUGAGGACCUGGUGGAGAUCAACCAAAAAAUGGUGAUGACCGUCUUCGCCUGCCUGAUGGGCCGAGGCAUGAAGAGGACUUAGAGGAGAUGAACGCUUGAUGAGACGUGAGGAGAGUGAACGUGGCUGUACAAUCCUGCAGUUUGGAGCGUCACUUUAAUGCAUCUUUAAUAUCAACACGAGCAAUAGUGCAGAGAGGUCCAGAUGAUUAGACAGUUUGAAGUCUAUGUGGUAUCAUUCAGGUUGAAACUAAUCAGUGACAGUUUAUCAUCAUGCUUACAGAAAGUCCAGGGUCUGCCCAGAGCUCAAACUCCACACAGAGCCUAAGAUGAAGAUGUUUUUAAUCUGUGCUCAGAUAUCAGAUAUUACUAAAGUCAUCCCUCUCAUCACCCCCCAUAUGACAUCUUUAACAUCUUCUCAGACUCCCAUGUUUCCUGCCUCAUCAUGUGUCUGCUGUAUCUUCCAGGGUGCCAGGUGGUCUGCUGUGUGAGCAUUGAUUUCUCUUAUGCAAACCGUCUUUAUUUAAAACCUUCAGGCCUUUUUUUAUACGUGACCAAAGCUGUGUUCCAUCAGAGGCACUUUGAGGCUUCCUACUUGAAACUGUUAACCUGAAAACUUUAUUUUCUCAACGUUUAUAAUCAGUCAGUGUAAAGGCAGAGAGGCGUUUACAGGAGGUGAUUGUUAUCAGGUAGAUGUAAGGUGUUUUUGUUUGUUAUUGUUUUGGGUUAUCUUUAAGGGCUUUACAAGGAACUAUGCCUUAAACUGAUGUCGUCCAUCAGUCUGAGCCUUCAAUAAUGUCAUCAUUUUAUAAUAAUUCUGAUGCUUUUUUAACCCUCUGAUGUUUUCAUGCUGAUAUCAAUUAACAUCAAUCACUACUUUGUUAUAGAUGUAUAUUUGUGCAUUAGUUGAUCCUACAUUUGUGGUUUCAUUUAAAAGCUCAAAUUAGGACGUGUAUACACUGAAAACCCAAACCCUAUCCUUGGACUUUUCUUAACUAUCAUACACAUCUGUGGUGUUAAAUACUUCAAUAGCUCAGACUGUCAUGUUUUAGCUCCUACAGCGAUCGUAGACCUCCUUAUGUGAUUUUAAAACACGUCCUCAAAAACACCCUAAAGUGAUCUUCGGUCAUUUUAACAUUACUCUGUUGAACUCCUCGUCUUCACGCAGCGUCUCUCGGUUCAGCACUUUGGAACGACACUGUGGGCUAAAUGUUGUUUGAUGUGGAAGCCAUACAUCCAAACGUCAUGUGUACAGUCACAUCAAUAAUGUCUAAUAAAAUAAUUUUUCAUCUGUU